UUUCGCGCCCCAGUCGCUCUGAUCAUUGCCGGGUUAUUGAGUGCUCUGGGCGUCCCGUGGUUCUGGAGUUUGGUGUCUCUUCUAGGAGUUUAUUUAUGUUCUGGGGGGUGGAGGUUUGUUUAUGUGGCCGCACGCACUGCGAAGAGAGACCUCAUUGGUCUGCAAGUGUUACUGCGCGUCAAGCUCUACAUGCGUCAGUAUAUCAGCAAUCGCAGCACCGUCCCGUCGCUAUUCGCCCAGCGGGUGGCGCUGCACCCAGAGAAAGCGGCGCUGGUGGACGAGUCAUCAGGUGAGGUGUGGAGCUUCUCAGAGCUGGACGGGCGCUCCAACGCUGUGGCGCAGUGGGUGCUGGCGCAGGGCUGGCGGUCGGGUGAUGUGGUAGCCAUUUUCAUGGAGAGUCGCCCACAGAUGGUGGCGCUGUGGCUCGGGAUGGCUAAAGUGGGCGUGGAGCCGGCACUCAUCAACUUUAACCUGCGCCGCGAUUCGCUGAUACACUGCAUGGGCGUGUCUGGGGCGUGUGGGAUGGUGUUCGGGGCGGAGCUUCUGGACGUGGUGCUGGAGGUGAAGGAGUCUCUGCGCAGUCUCUCCCUCUUCUGCUGUGGUUCUGCUCCUGCAGAGAUGCUGGACUCGCUGUCGGCUGCAGAUCUGGACGCUCUUCUCUCCAAAUCUCCCCAAACACCACCCGCUGUCACACACAACAAGGGUUUCAAUGACAGGUUAUUUUACAUCUACACCUCAGGAACCACGGGUUUACCUAAAGCUGCCAUUGUGGUGCACAGCAGGUAUUAUCGUAUCGCUGCGUUCAGUUAUUACUCCUUCGGUCUGCGGCCGGAUGAUGUGGUGUACUGCUGUCUGCCGCUCUAUCACUCCGCAGGCAACAUCAUUGGUGUUGGUCAGUGUUUGCUGCACGGCCUGACGGUGGUCAUCCGGAGGAAGUUUUCCGCUAGUCGCUUCUGGGACGACUGUGUGAAAUACAACUGUACGGUUGUUCAGUAUAUUGGUGAAAUCUGCCGAUAUCUCCUCUCUCAGCCAGUCCGUCCGUCAGAGUCUCUGCACCAAGUGCGUGUUGCUAUGGGCAACGGUUUGCGGCCUAACGUUUGGGAAUCGUUCAUGAAACGCUUCGGUGUCAAGCGCAUCGGUGAGUUUUACGGAGCCACAGAGUGCAACUGCAGCCUCGCCAACAUGGACAACAAGGUGGGCGCGUGUGGCUUCAACAGUGUGGUUCUGCCUAGUGUUUACCCUAUCAGACUGCUGAGGGCAGACGAGGACACUAUGGAGUUAAUUCGAGACAAUAGAGGACUGUGUGUGCCAUGCAAACCUGGCGAACCUGGAAUUAUUGUGGGCAGAAUAAACCCGCAAGACCCUCUGCGGCGAUUCGAUGGCUAUGCGAAUCAAGAGGCCACCAGUAAGAAGAUCAGCCACAACGUCUUCAGAAAGGGAGAUUCGGCGUAUGUGUCAGGUGAUCUGAUGGUGAUGGAUGAGUUGGGUUAUGUGUAUUUCCGGGAUCGGGGCGGAGACACGUUUCGCUGGCGGGGUGAAAACGUCUCCACUACAGAAGUAGAGGGAGUCCUGAGCGCACUGCUGAAGCAGACGGAUGUGGCUGUGUAUGGAGUCUCAGUGCCAGGUGUGGAGGGGAAGGCAGGAAUGGCUGCCAUUGCAGAUCCAGAGAAUGAUUUCAACAGCGAGACAUUUCUGCGGGACGUCCAGAACGCUCUUCCUUCAUAUGCUCGGCCUGUUUUCUUAAGACUUUCACCUGAAGUGGACAAAACAGGCACAUUUAAAAUCCAGAAAACCCGCUUACAGAAGGAGGGAUUUGACCCACAUCAGACAGCAGACCGGCUCUUCUUCCUCAACAAUCAUCUGGGUCGAUACGAGAGUCUGACAGAGGAGCUCCACAGUGCCAUCAUGCAGGGAAAAGUAUCUCUAUAAGAACUAGAACUAUAAGUGUCUUUAAUUUUAAAAUGUCUUAAUGCAAGUGUCUUUGUUUUACAAAUCAGAAAUAACUGGCCUAAAACCAAGCUCAAAACUACACUACUGAGUUUAGUCCUCAAAACUACUACACUAAUUUUCUUACUAAGAAUUUUCGGCUUGUCUCUAGUCCAAAUAUCUAAAAAUUCUUAAAUCAAGAAGCAUUUUACAGACAAGCAGAAAACAUUGUCUUGUGUUCAGAAAUAAUGAGUCAAAAUGAACUAAGUUCUCCUUAAAAACAAACAAAAUAAUCCGACAGUGGGGCCAGCAAAAUAACCUUAUUUUAAAGUGAAACCAAGAUUGUUCUGAGUAUUUGGCUUGUUUUAUAUUUUAAUAAUUGUAUAAAUAUCUGUUCUACCCAGGAGAUAUCACUGAAACACAUAAUCAUAUUACUGUAGAGUCAUCAGACAUGUGUUUUAAUAUAGUCAGAUUGAAGACAAGUUGAUGUUUUCAGUCUGAUUUUGCACAUCUGCUGACAGGUUUCAGGGGGAUUUCAGCUUUCUUCAGGUAUUGUUAACUGACAGCACUGGAAAUCACUCACAGCACUUUUUAUGUGCUCAGCACUGUUAAUUGAGAUAUCUUCUGGUAUAUACAGAAUGAUAUGCUAACAAUAGUAUUACAGGCAAACAGUGUGCAAAACAUUUUACAUCUCUUUUAUGAUCUCAUCUCAUUUUAAUUUCUCAUUUUUAAUAGGAAGCACUUGUGAGAAAAAUUCUCAUGUUUUAUUUUGUACUCUGAUGCCCACUUACAAUGUUGUCAAGAUUUUUUAUUUUAUUUCAAAAACCUCUUAAUGUAAUAGAAAUGUACUUUUUCCCUGUACUGUUUUGACCCUCCUCAUCAGACUCUCUGUCAGAAUGGGCGUGACCAAUUACUCAAAAGUACCUGCUCUGAUUGGCUGACAGUUUUGCAUAUAAAGCAGAAGUAGGUGUGUCUUUACUAUGGAGGUGGAGCUUGUCUAUACUAUUACAUCAUAGAGUAGAACAUUCCAGAAGCUGUGGUUUUGGCAGAGUGCCUUUAACAUCAGCUGGUUUUAGAGGAAUCACAGUUUUGAGACUUUCUGAAACUUACAGGAUGACUUUAUAGUACUGUGAGCUCUAUUAUUUUAAAAGAUCAAGUGAAUUUUACCUUCUCAGUUCAUGACCUCUUUAAAGUGUGUCCACAUUUACAAAAUUAUACGAAAGAUAUCUGAAGAACCGCUAUCACUUUCAAAACAAGCAGAUUUCUGAUGAAUGUGAGCCAUUUUUAUGAUUAACUAUCGGUAAAAUAUAAAUGUGAGAACAUUUCACCAUCAUGCUAAACUCAUUAUUAUGCAGACUUUUACUAAAUUGAUUGAAAUUAGGCUGUUUUGUUUCAUAGCAGCAGUUAAUGUGAGCACAUCCUUCAUCUCAUUUUGAUAAAAUCCCUGAAUGUGUUGAUGUGGCAUGUUCAUAAUCAAUAACCAUUACCAAAUGCAUCGCUGUAUCACUGUUCAGAUUUUUUGCCUAUUUUACAUUCAUCCGAACAUUCCUUUCUAAACCAUUUUAAUAAAAGUAACUUAAGAAUUUUACACUA